AUGUCCUCGGAUGUCGAGACUCCCAAACGGGAGCCGACGCCUUCGGGCUCCGUUUCCUCCAUCCCGCAAAAACGCGCGCUGGACGACUCCCACGGGCCCGCAGUGUCAUCACCGCUGAACCCAGACGUUAGGCGGCCCGACUCCCAGCCUCCCGAAGACGCGUCACAGCCGAAUCGGGCUAAGUCUUCUCGGGCGAAGAAGGAUUCGUUUAAAAAACGCGAGGCCAAGGGCGGCCCGGAUAGUCGCUCCGGGACCCCAGACCCGAGAGCUCCUCCCGAGCUUCCGACUGGCGAGACGGGCCCUCUACGAUACAAGCUUGCACCGCCGAAGCCUUCCGACUUUGAGCCACCGCGAGGGCCGAUUACCACAUCUCAUCAUGAAGUCGCGACUCAGGGGGGCCAGAGCGUCGAGUUCUUCGAGACUUCAGAACACGUCUUCAACAAGAAAAACUUUCGUUACACGCACUGCAUUGCCGACCCCCUCUUCCCAUCUAUGAUAUACUAUCGCCAGACCGAGUCUGAACCCUACGGUCCUCGCAUGAGCUACGAAGAUGCUGCGAGCCACGUGUUUUUUGACAAAUCCGCGCGGCAUGUCACCACUGACAAAGGAUUUCGGAUGGCGCGAGCCAAUGUGGCAGUCCGAGAAGGAUGUUGGUACUGGGAAUGCAAAAUCGUCAAGGGUGUGCGAGAGCCAAAAGAUGGCUCGGGCAAACCCGAGGGCGGCCAGCAUGUCCGCGUGGGGUGGGCGAGACGCGAAGCAUCGCUCGACGCGCCCGUCGGUUUUGACGCCUACAGCUACGGUAUCAGGGACGUUGCGGGUGAAAAGGUGCAUAUGUCGCGCCCCAAGGAAUUCUUCCCCGCUGAUGAAGGCAUUCGCGAGGGCGAUGUCAUCGGACUCGAAAUACAGCUUCCGUCCGAGUACCUGCACCGCAAGAUCAUGUCCGGGAACUACAACCCUGCGGUCGAUUCGGCGGACGAGGAGCCGCCGUCUACUGCUGAGGCCCCCAACAUUGUGCGCGACCGAGUGCCUAUCAGGUUCAAAGCGCACACGUACUUCGAGAAGAUCGAGUACCACUCGACGAAGGAGCUGGAGGACCUGAUGAACCCAUCGCCCAUAGGCGCAGGUUCGUCAUCCUCUCAGGCUCCCAAUCCGCUACACACGCACCCUGCGCUACGCACACUGCCUCAGUCGUGCAUCAAGAUUUACAAGAACGGCGUCCUUGUGGGUCAGCCAUUUGCAAACCUGCUCGGUUUCCUUCCUCCCGCCUCCAAACCCAUGCCCCAAGUCGGCGCCCGCGAGGGCCUCGAUGACGGGAUGCUUGGCUACUACCCUGCCGUGAGCGUUUUCCGGGGCGGCGCGGCAGAGGUCAACUUUGGCCCCAACUUUUGGUAUCCGCCGCCGGGAUACAAGCACGCCUCGGUCUCGACGGAUGACGACGUAGACAUGAUCCCAACGGAACCACGGAUCAGGGCGUUGUCUGAGCGGUGGAGAGAACAGAUUGCCGAGGACGUUGUGUACGAUGUAGUCGACGAGGUCGACUUCUGGAUGCAAGACGGCGGUGGCUCGACGGACCAGAACGGCGCCGCGCCGCGGACCGGUUCGUCGGCCAUGGGUCUCGGCCGGGAAGAGAUCAAAGAGUUGGUGCAGGACGACUGA